AUGUUCAAAUACUUCGUUUUGGCCGUCUUCUGCCUGGCUAGCGCUGCUGCCGCUCCUGGCUACUUGGGUGGCUUGGCUGCAGCUCCAGCUCUGCCUUUGGCCGCUGCUCCGGCCAUCUCUUAUGGCCAUGCCUUGGCCGCACCUUCGAUUUCCUCCUAUGGCCUGUCUCAUAGGAUCAGCUAUGCCGCUCCAGCUUUGGCCCAUGCUCCGCUGGCUGCUCCGGCUUAUGGCCAUUAUGGACUGGCGUCCCAUUAUGCUGCUCCAGCUAUUGCCCAUGGUGCUCCACUUGGCUUGGCCCAUGCUCCUCUUGGCCUGUCCCAUGCUCCUCUUGGCCUGUCUCAUGCUCCUCUCGGACUCGGCUACAGAUCCUAUGCCGCUCCUGCUCUCAGCCUCGGCCAUGGCUGGUAAAGGAUGAUUUAAUUCAUCCAGAUUCUUCGGCGUCCAAUUCCAUUUCGUUUCAUCUGAAGAAUUUGAAAUAUACUUGAAAAAAUGCGAAAA